AUGUCUACGAAUACGUCGAAUUUGAAUGGGAGUCUUGUCAGCUACAUUGAAAUGCCAGAAUCUGCAGCUGUUCAGCGACGACUUUCGACCGGAACAAAUACCCAUUUGCCUGCUGCUUCUUCCGCUACCUUCCUCUAUGGUGAUGUUGGAACUUCCACUUCUGCGCCCGCCCCACCGGUUCGUUCCUCGAGUACUCUGAAGAAGGAACGGCCAUUGAUCUCACCACCAUCCAAGCCUCUACCCACUCCACCGCAAAAGAAAGAGAAAAAACGCAAAGUAAAGCUCUUUCGUCUUCCACUUUUCAAUCGGAGCGGGUCCACGGAGCCGAGUAUCUCGGGACCCACGGAUGUAAAGCACGACCUCCAUGUUGUCUUCGAUCACACCAGCGGCGAUUUUCUGCUUUCUCACCGUCAUUACGGUGGAUUGCACUCUGCUCUUCUGCGGAGGUCUGCCAAGAAAGCUGCUUUUCAAGAUGAUUGGGAUCUCUUGAAAUAG